AUGCCUAUCAGCUUACUCAUCGCUUCCCUAAUAUACGUGCUACUAAUACCAAAGGCUGCCAUGAGAUUCACUAAACAAUUCCAAUAUGUUUGUUUGGCCUUGCUCUUCAUUUUGGGAGCUUGGCCUUAUAAGUCCAUAGCUCGAACCCUCCAGGAUGCACCCAUGUAUGAGAGGCAUGAGCAAUGGAUGACUCAGUAUGUGCGUGUAUACAAGGAUGACAGCGAGAGGGCGACCCGUUACAGCAUAUUCAACGAGAAUGUUGCACGCAUAGAUGCUUUUAACAGUCAAACCGGCAAAUCUUACGAACUUGGUGUCAAUCAAUUUGCAGAUCUUAAAAAUGAAGAGUUAAAAGUUUCACGCACCAGAUUCAAGGGCCAUAUGUGCUCUCCACAGGCAGGUCCUUUCAGAUAUGAAAACGUUUCUGCAGUGCCUUCUACCAUGGACUGGGGAAAGGAAGGAGCUGUAACCCCUGUCAAGGACCAAGGACAGUGUGAUACAGAUUGGGCAGGUAGUGUUGAUGAUCACAAAUCAACGGGUGGUUAUCUUAGGUUCUUUGGUCAGACGCUGCUUUCGUGGAAAUCAUGA